AUGUCGGAAUUUAAGCCCUACGAAAACUUUCCGGAAGACGUUCCAUACACAGAGCGACAAAUCUUGCAUUCCAUUGAGAACGACUUGAUGACAAUUAAACAAGAUACCACAAGCCUGAUUGGAACGAACCCCGUAGAGGAUGUCGACUAUGGAAGCAAAAUGUCCCAGCUGUACCGACUGGCAGGCCUAAUCUACUUUGAGCGUGUCUUGAAAGGCUCGUUCACAGACCAACGAGUGGCCGGAUGGUCCGAUGAAGCCUUUGACAUUAUACGACACAUGUGA